AUGCCCACCGGAACAGGCGUCGUCGACGCGUUCAAGAAUUUCAUCCGCCACGGAAAGACCCACCAUUCAGCUCAGAAGCAGCAGGAUGACGAUCCUUACCAGCUCUACACCACCCAACAGCCCGUCCAGCAGCAGCCGCGCGCCGACCAGAGUCGCCACCAACAGCAGCGCGAGGCUCAGGCGCAACAGCACCAAACACAGAAGCACGCCUCACCCAAGUACAAGGAGCAGAUCGAGCAGAUCGUCCAGGAAGAGCGCGAGGCCAAGAACAAGAUGCCAACAUACACGGGGCUCGAGAACUUCAGGCUGCUUGAGAAGAUGGGCGACGGUGCAUUCUCCAAUGUGUACAAGGCCGUCGAUCUCCGGACAGGGCAGAAAGUCGCAGUCAAAGUUGUCCGCAAAUACGAAUUGAGUGCCUCGCAGGGGGCUGGCGAAAAGCACCUGAACCGCGAGUUUAAAAAGAAGCCGCGGGUCACGGAGAGGGCAAACAUCCUUAAAGAAGUGCAGAUCAUGCGCGGCAUCAACCACCCGUCAAUAGUCAAGCUAUUGCAGUUCUUCGAGUCGCCAGAGCAUUACUUCUUGGUUCUAGAGCUCAUGGAAGGCGGCGAGCUCUUCCACCAGAUCGUGAAGCUCACAUAUUUCAGUGAGAAUCUCGCACGUCACGUCAUUGUGCAGGUCGCACAGGGUAUCCGAUACCUCCACGAAGAGCGUGGUGUCGUCCACCGGGAUAUCAAGCCCGAAAACUUGCUCUUCGACCGCAUACCCAUCGUUCCCUCCAAGAUACCCGCUCCGAAACAGUUCGACGAGGAUAAGGAGGACGAAGGCGAAUUCAUACCAGGCGUCGGUGGGGGUGGAAUUGGCAAGGUCAAGAUUGCUGACUUUGGCCUAAGCAAGGUCGUAUGGGACGAACAGACGAUGACGCCAUGUGGGACGGUGGGGUAUACUGCACCCGAGAUUGUGAAGGAUGAGCGGUACAGCAAGAGCGUCGACAUGUGGGCUCUUGGCUGUGUGCUCUACACCCUGCUUUGCGGCUUCCCGCCUUUCUACGACGAGAGCAUCAACGUCCUCACGGAGAAGGUUGCUCGCGGGCACUACACCUUCCUCAGUCCCUGGUGGGAUACCAUUGGCGCAUCAGCUAAGGAUCUCAUCACACACUUGCUGUGCGUCGAUCCAGCUCAGCGGUACACAAUCGACGAGUUCCUGGCGCAUUCAUGGGUCACUGCGGUGCCUGCCCCCCCAGACCCUACUCCCCUUCCCAGCAUUCCUCGCGCACCCCUCGAUUCUCCGCUCCUCGCCGACGCUCGCGGUGGGGUCCGCUCCCCCGGUCUGGCCACGCUCAAGGAGGCCUUCGACAUCACGUACGCCGUCCACCGUAUGGAAGAGGAGGGUGCUCGCAGACGUGCCCAGAAGGGCGGUGCAAAUCGCGGCUUCCUCCAGAACCUCAACGAGAGCGACGAGGAUGAGGAUGCCAAGCCCUUGCCGAAGCAGCCUCCCGCUGGUGCGGGAGCAAAGGUUGCGGCCAAUCGUGCAGUUGUCGGCAAUGCGUAUGACGGUCGUGCUGGUCAGCGCGAUCGUGGACGGAAAACGGGCGCCUCGAAGCCGUUUGAGCUCGACAUGGAUCAUGCGACGCUACUCGGCAGGAGACACCGGCGCGGUGUGGAUAGCAGUGUCGUCAGCGGCAGUCCGCUAUCGAAGGAGGCACCAGGGAACGACCAAUCUACGGAAGUACCCAUGUCUCCCAUGAGAGUGGACUAGUUCGGUCGACCGCGCAUGUCGCCUAGCCGUUGGCUUUGAUCCUCCCUCGCUAUCUCACUCCACUGGGCCUCGUCAUUCGUACUCGCAUCGAUCUGUUGCGUCUUCUUCCGUGUUCCAUAGAUCUUGUCCAUAUCCGCUGGCACCUUCCACACGCGCUCUUGUGCUGGCCAUCACUCUGUAAACAUACGAUGUAGCUGUAUAUCUUAUUGUGCCUUCUUGUCCUGUUAGUCCAUCUGUGCCGUCUCAUCAUUCGUCCACUUCCCACCCUCCACACCUCUCGACCUCCCC